CGGGCGCGCGGGAUGGAACACCGAGACACCGACGGAAUGCUCCGAAUUGCCACAUAAUCCCCUGGAACGGCCGCGCCGAUCGCCAUUGGUUUCUCCCUUCUCCCCGCGCCGCCGUCUCCCACCUUCGCCUCCCCGCCUCCCUCUCCGCCCGCUGCCUCCCGGGCUGGGGGGGGAAGCGCGAAGCCCCACUGCAAUGGAGCCCGCCGCCGCGGCUACGGCGCAGCGACUGCCAGAGACGAGCAGAGAGGACCGGGCUCCGGCUGCGGUGGCGGCGGCAGCGGCGGCGGCAGCUCUGGCGGCGGCCGGGGGCGGCCGAAGCCCGGAGCCCGCACCGACCCGGGCGGCCCCGAGCGGCGGGGCGCGGGAGGAGGCCCCCAGCGAGGCGCAGCCCGGGCCGUUGCCGGGCAGAGCGGGAGGCACGGGUCGCCGGAGGCGGCGCGGCGCGCCCCAGCCCAACGCUGGCGGGGCUGCCCCGGGGUCCGGGGCCGGCAGCGGCGCCAACUCCCUCCUGCUAAGGAGAGGGCGGCUGAAGAGAAAUCUGUCCGCGACCGCCGCCGCCUCGUCGUCCUCGUCCUCCUCGUUGUCGUCCUCGGCCGCCGCCGCCUCGCACUCCUCCGGAGCCGCCGGCCUCUCCUCCUCCUGCUCGGCCUCGGCGUCGUUGUGCACCCGGAGCCUGGACAGGAAGACGCUGCUCCUGAAGCACCGGCAGAUGCUGCAGCUGCAGCCAUCGGACCGGGACUGGGUGAGGCAGCAGCUCCAGCGGGGCUGCGUGCAUGUCUUCGACCGCCACUCGGCCUCGACCUACCUGCGCCCCGUGCUCUGCACGCUGGACACCACGGCUGGUGAGGUGGCCGCCCGCCUGCUGCAGGUGGGCCACAAAGGCGGCGGCGUGAUAAAGGUGCUGGGCAAGGGACCCCCCGACGUCGGCCCCCGGAACGAGCCCGCUGAGCCGCGGGACCUGGGGCCACCCCCGGGGAAGAGCGGGCUGGCUGCCGUCGGGGCCCCGCCGCGCGCGCCUCCUGCCGACCUGCCGCUGCCCCGCGGUCCGAGGGGGUGGACGCACUGCACCUCCCGUGUCAGCCCCGCGCUCUCGGAUUCCAGCCCCGGCGAGACCAGCACCCCGCGGCCCUUGGACGGCGCGAUCGCGGGCCCGGUCUCCGACACGGAGAGCUUCAGCCUGAGCCCCAGCGCCGAGAGCGUGUCUGACCGGCUGGACCCCUACAGCAGCGGCGGCGGCUCCUCGUCCUCGUCCGAGGAGCUCGAGGCCGACCCGGCCCCAACCCCAGCGGGAGCUCCGGGCCAGUCCUGCCCGCCGGACCGCUCUGCACACACCCGACCCGGAGCGGAUGCCCGGCCGCCUUCCCCGAUGGCCUCCCCGCCCCUGCUGCAGCCAAAAGCCCCAAGAGCUGACGACGGCCUGGAUGGGGCCACCUGCGAUCCUCCCAGGGAGGAAAAGGCGGCAGCAGCCGUGGCCUCUGGCCUCCCCCAGUCGAUCCCGGGGGGGACCGGGGCGAUCGCUGAGAAGGCUCCUCCACUGCCCACCCUUUACGUGCAGUUCCACGGAGAGACCACCCGGCGCCUGGAGGCGGACGAGAAGCCUUUGCAGAUCCAAAAUGACUACCUCUUUCAACUGGGAUUUGGGGAGUUGUGGAGGGUGCAGGAGGAAGGCAUGGACUCGGAGAUUGGCUGCCUCAUUCGCUUCUAUGCAGGAAAACCUCACAGCACCUGUAGCUCUGAACGGAUUCAGCUCUCAGGAAUGUAUAAUGUCCGGAAAGGCAAAAUGCAAUUGCCAGUGAACCGAUGGACCAGACGCCAAGUCAUCCUGUGUGGGACCUGCCUAAUAGUAUCAUCUGUGAAAGACAGCUUGACCGGAAAGAUGCAUGUUCUACCACUGAUUGGUGGGAAAGUAGAAGAAGUGAAAAAGCACCAGCACUGUUUAGCAUUUAGCUCCUCUGGACCCCAAAGCCAGACUUACUACAUUUGUUUUGAUACAUUCACAGAGUAUUUAAGGUGGCUUCGACAAGUCUCUAAGGUUGCAUCACAGCGUAUUAGCUCAGUGGACCUCUCCUGUUGUAGCCUGGAGCACCUGCCUGCCAACCUCUUCUACAGCCAAGACCUCACUCAUCUCAACUUAAAACAAAACUUUCUAAGGCAAAAUCCCAGUCUGCCCACUGCCAGGGGGCUCAGUGAACUGCAAAGGUUCACCAAGUUGAAGAGUCUCAACCUUUCCAAUAAUCAUUUAGGGGACUUCCCAUUAGCCGUCUGCAAUAUUCCAACCCUGACGGAGCUGAAUGUGUCCUGCAAUGCCCUUCGAGCAGUCCCAGCAGCCGUCGGAGUCAUGCACAACUUACAGACAUUUUUGUUGGAUGGAAACUUUCUGCAGAGCCUUCCUGCUGAGUUGGAGAACAUGCAUCAGCUUAAUUAUCUCGGUCUUUCUUUCAACGAAUUCACUGACAUUCCUGAGGUAUUGGAGAAACUGACUGCUGUGGAUAAACUCUGUAUGUCAGGAAACUGUAUGGAGACCCUUAGGCUGCAGGCCUUACGAAAAAUGCCUCACAUUAAACAUGUGGACCUAAGACUGAACAUAAUUAGGAAGUUAAUAGCAGAUGAAGUGGACUUUCUCCAGCAAAUCACUCAGCUUGAUCUGCGUGACAAUAAGCUUGGUGACCUAGAUGCCAUGAUUUUCAACAACAUUGAAGUUUUACACUGUGAAAGGAAUCAACUGGUGACGUUAAACAUCUGUGGCUAUUUCCUCAAAGCACUAUAUGCCUCUUCUAAUGAACUUGUUCAGCUUGAUGUUUACCCAGUUCCGAAUUAUCUGUCCUACAUGGACGUUUCAAGGAACCGCUUGGAAAAUGUGCCUGAGUGGGUAUGUGAAAGCCGAAAGCUAGAAGUUUUAGAUAUUGGCCAUAAUCAAAUCUGUGAACUUCCUGCACGCUUAUUCUGUAACGGCAGUCUCCGGAAGCUGCUGGCGGGACACAACCAGCUGACGAGUCUACCUGAACGGCUAGAAAGAACCUCAGUGGAGGUCUUAGAUGUGCAGCACAACCAGCUCCUGGAGCUGCCACCCAACCUGCUGAUGAAGGCCGACAGUUUGAGAUUCCUGAACGCAUCUGCCAACAAACUGGAAACUCUUCCUGUGGCCACGCUUUCCGAAGAAACGAGCAGCAUCUUACAGGAGUUGUAUUUGACAAACAACAACCUCACAGACAAGUGUGUGCCCUUGUUAACAGGACACCCCCACCUGAAGAUCCUGCACAUGGCCUACAACCGCCUUCAGAGCUUCCCGGCAAGUAAAAUGGCGAAACUGGAGGAACUUGAAGAAGUCGAUAUCAGUGGGAACAAACUGAAGGCGAUCCCAACAACCAUCACGAACUGCCGGCGCAUGCACACUGUGAUCGCCCACUCCAACUGCAUUGAGGUCUUUCCUGAAGUUAUGCAGCUCCCAGAAAUCAAGUGUGUGGACCUGAGCUGUAACGAGCUAAGUGAAGUUACUUUACCAGAAAACCUGCCUCCAAAAUUGCAAGAAUUAGACCUGACUGGAAACCCCCGGCUGGCUCUUGAUCACAAAACCCUGGAACUGCUGAAUAAUAUCCGCUGUUUCAAGAUUGAUCAGCCCUCUGCAGGAGAUGCAUCUGGAGCCCCAGCUGUGUGGAGCCAUGGCUACACCGAAGCUUCAGGAGUGAAAAACAAGUUGUGUGUGGCAGCCCUGUCAGUGAAUAACUUCUGUGACAACCGGGAGGCCCUGUAUGGUGUAUUUGAUGGAGACCGGAAUGUGGAGGUGCCCUACCUUCUCCAAUGUACUAUGAGUGACAUUUUGGCGGAAGAGCUACAGAAAACAAAAAAUGAAGAAGAGUACAUGGUCAAUACAUUCGUUGUCAUGCAAAGGAAACUUGGAACUGCUGGCCAGAAACUUGGAGGUGCUGCUGUCCUUUGUCACAUCAAGCAUGACCCUGUGGACCCAGGAGGAUCCUUCACCUUGACCUCUGCCAAUGUGGGCAAGUGCCAGACGGUCCUCUGUCGGAACGGGAAGCCGCUGCCUCUGUCCAGGUCGUAUGUCAUGAGCUGCGAGGAAGAGCUGAGGAGAAUUAAGCAGCACAAGGCCAUUAUCACGGAGGACGGCAAGGUGAACGGAGUGACCGAGUCCACGCGCAUCCUGGGCUACACCUUCCUCCACCCCAGCGUGGUGCCGCGCCCCCACGUGCAGUCCGUGGCCCUGACGCCCCAGGACGAGUUCUUCAUCCUGGGCAGCAAGGGGCUGUGGGACAGCCUGUCCAUCGAGGAGGCCGUGGGGGCCGUGCGCAACGUGCCCGAUGCCCUGGCUGCCGCCAAGAAGCUGUGCACCCUGGCCCAGAGCUACGGCUGCCGCGACAGCCUCAGCGCCGUGGUGGUGCAGCUCAGCGUCACCGAGGACAGCUUCUGCUGCUGCGACCUGGGCGCGGGCGGGGCCGGCCCGCCGCCCAGCCCGGGCAUCUUCCCGCCCUCGGUCAGCAUGGUGAUCAAGGACCGGCCGUCGGACGGGCUGGGCGUGCCGUCGUCCAGCAGCGGCAUGGCCUCGGAGAUCAGCAGUGAGCUGUCCACCUCCGAGAUGAGCAGCGAGGUGGGCUCCACAGCCUCGGACGAGCCCCCGCCCGGGGCCCUGAGCGAGAGCGGCCCCGCCUACCCCGGCGAGCAGCGCUGCCUGCUGCACCCCGCCUGCCUGUCCAGCGCCUUCCAGCGCCAGCUGUCCAGCGCCACCUUCUCCAGCGCCUUCUCCGACAACGGCCUGGACAGCGACGACGAAGAACCCAUCGAGGGCGUCUUCAGCAACGGCAGCCGGGUGGAGGUGGAGGUGGACAUCCACUGCGGCCGCGCCAAGGACAGGGAAAAGCACCAGCACCUGCUGCACGUGCCGGCCGAGGCCAGCGACGAGGGCAUCGUCAUCAGCGCCAACGAGGACGAGCCCGGGCUGCCCAGGAAGGUGGACUUCGCCAGCCUGGGGACCAUCGGGCGCCGGAGGGCUAACGGCUCCGUGGCGCCCCAGGAAAGGAGCCACAAUGUGAUAGAGGUGGCCACGGAAGCGCCGCUCCGCAAGCCUGGAGGCUACUUUGCGGCCCCGGCCCAGCCAGAUCCCGAGGAUCAGUUGAUCAUACCGCCCGAGCUGGAGGAGGAGGUCAAGGAGAUCAUGAAGCACCACCAGCAGCAGCCGCCGCCCGCGCAGCUCCCCCUGCAGCCGCCGCGGCAGUGCCCGGCCGACCCGCUGCCGGACUACUGCGACACACCGCUAUGACCCGCCGGCGCCACUUAAUAAACUAACCACGAAAGACGGAGUUGCAGAGUCUCCCAGGCUCGCAUUAAACCAGGGGUUUACUCCACGCCCUUCUCCCAGACUCUCUCCCAACCUGUCUUUGCAGCUAGUCUGUAGGUUCUUCCUGUUGGUGAUUUUUAAAAUAAUUACCACUUUUCUUCUAGUGAUGCUUUACCAAUAUGAUUUAAAUUUGUUAACUUCUUUUCCUAACAUAUCAGAUGUGUAAAAACAAAGAACAAAAGGUUUAAUAUAUUACAGAGAAACAGUUAAUGAUAAUGUAAUAUUUUUUAAAAUGGCUUUGUAUUGUUUUGUUUGUUUGGAAGGCAGGGCAGGUUGCCAGUGCUCGUUGAUUUAAUAAUAUUGUAAUUCUGGGGGGAAAGGCUUUUUUUUUUUUUUUUUGUCUUGAAAAUGAUAGACAUUUGUAGAAUAUGGAGACUAACUCCUAGGAGUUGCUUUACUCUGUCAGGUGACUUAAGUCACUGGGAUUCACUAAUUUUCUCUGAGAGAACAGUUGAUUGAGAAAUUUCUAUUGUAAAUAGCUCCGUGUUGUAUAGUGAUGCUUCAGAUGUUUUGUAGUUUUGGCAUAAGGACACAGUCUAAACAACUGACUUUUCCCUCCCUCCCCUUCUGAGGAGCCUUCCCGCCCACACCCACCCCCUAACCUACACUACUUCAUUCAAUGAUGAGGCUGAGCAGCGAAGAGCAUUUCCAUCCAAAUAAGGUGCCUCUUAGGCCACUGGAAAGGAACCUGCACCCAAGGGGCCUCUGAGCCCUUUCCCGUCCUCUCCUGCCUACCCAGCCUCUUGACUUUUGCAGACACUUUCUAAUUGUGUUCCUUUCUGCUGCCACAAUCAGCAUGAUUGUAGAGUCCAGUUAGACCAUUUACAUACCAACAGUUACAUUAAAGCCGAAUGCACAGAUGAACAUGUCAUAAUUUUUGUUAUAAUAAAUGCAAAAUUUACAAGUA